AUGCAGCCGCAAGCUUCUGCAGCCCAGAGGGCGUAUUCGCAGCGGCGAUCCCCAGGCGCGAUGGAUCCUGGGCCUCCACCCAACGUUUCGGUGCGAGCCAUCUCUCCUGGCAUCCCGCCCGGCAACCCCCAGCGGGCAUCCAACGUUUCCAUCAGAUCCGCUCCGUCCAGCAGCGGUUCAAGAAGAACAACUCGCGAGGGUUCAUCCGGAUCGGGAAGCGGCUCCAACAUGCCCUUAUCGCAAAUCGAAAAGAGCGUCACUCACCUCCUUGUAGCCACCAAGCAGCUGCUUGAGACGCUGACACAGUGGUCGCGCGGCCAAGCAACGGAUGCGCAAGUCUCCGACGUCUAUGUGCGAUUAGGCUAUGAGUUCAACAUGGCUUGCCGGGCCUUUACGGCCAUCAACGUCGACACCUCCGACCUCGGUAACGUCCCCGAUCUACUGCGAAGCAUUCUCGAGGCCUGCCUGAGCCAAGAAGCGAGCGCCGAGAGCUUGGAGAAAUAUCUACCUAGGAUUCGAGAUAUCAUCAUCAACCUGCUCCACGGUUUGAAACGGAAACAGCAGAGAUUGCGCCAGAAGCAAGGGCGUGAUAGGGAUGGCUCCGCUGUACCAGAGAGAACCACCAGCGUCAGCACCGUCGGAAGUGGAAGCGGUUUGACCAAUAUGCUGGAAGACAUGGACAGCCACCGAUCGAGUUCACAUCGACCAGGAUCGGGUCCGCAGCAGAAUGGUGGAUCAUCGCCCACGCGGCGCUUCAACGCUGAUCGAGACCAAUCUAGGGGUUCGGUCGCUUCAGAGGUGUCGUCUGCUUCAAGCACCACCAUGCAGAGCAUUCCCGUUGUACCGCCCUACCCGACAGACGACUCGUCUCUGCCCGCAGGGCCACCGGCACCAGAACUCAACAUCGACGCUUUUCCACCGCCGCCUCCGCCACCACCGGAUAAGACAUCGAGUGCCCUGGCGGCGCUGCAAAAGGGUGGUGAUUUGGAGAGAAGAGCGUCCCGAAGAUAUUCUCAGUACCAGAUUUCAAAGCAUCUUGGUGGAUCCGGAAAUGUCGUCCCUAUGCUGCCCUCACAGACUGGGCCGACGCCGAACAGAGGAAGGAAAGAAGCGAGAGAAUCUCUACGCGCCGUCCAGUCGCGCGAAUCCGUUCGACACAGUCGGACCGCAUCCCAGAUCAAGGCCGGCUCCACCUUCGACAACUCUCCUAUUCGAGUACCUACUCGGGUAGAAGAGGAGGCCUUGCCUCACCAGCCAUCAGUUGUUGUCGAAAGCCCAUCUGUGCAAACUCCAGAUGACAAGUAUGCCCCCAGCGCGACUCUUUCCGGCCCUUUGAACGAUUCCAAUCCUUUCAUGACUGAAGCCCCACGCCCGGGAUCCAAGAAGGAACAGAAAACCAAGCUAGACGAUGCCCCUACAUCAACUUCUCAUCCCGCCGAGUCAAAGCCAAACGAGCCCUACUUCCAGGUUUCGCCCCCGCCGACGCCGACGAAGGACCUGACACUCUUCCUCCAGUACAAGUCAAAGGUUAAGAAGAUUGUUCUGCCCGAAGGUCGCGACGAACUUUCUAUUGGGCGCCUACAGCUGGCAUUCAUCGAGAAGUUUUCAUGGAACACCCAGCAAAACGGGACUGAUCUACCAGAGAUCUAUAUCCAGGAUCCUGUGUCCGGUGUGCGACACGAGCUGGAAGAUCUAAGCGACAUCAAGGACCGAACUGUUUUGGUGCUCAACGUGGAGCCGCUGGAUGAAGUUAAACGGCACAUUGAUGAGGGCAUGUUUGCGCUCACUAAGAUUGUUCGAGAGGAGGCGGCCAAGGAGAUGGCCCAGAUCGUCUUGGAGCAGGCCCAACAGAUGCCCUUACCAGCUACGGACGGAACAAAGACGCUCUUGGGAGCCGGCCGAAAGCUCGACAGUGGCCAGAUGGGAGAAAUACAAAGUCUGCGGCGCGACCUCGCUGUUCUCCGACAAACCUACUCAACUUUCCAGUCUGAGAUCCAGACUUCCAUGUCCACUCUUCGCACCAAGGCCGCCAAUGUCAAGUCUGUGGCUGCCAAGGCCGCGAUCCCUAGCAUGGACGGAGAUGCCGGUUACGCCUAUGUUUCCAACGGCCGGAAACAACUUAACGCCGACUCCGACCGAUUGGUCGCCAAGGUUGACGAUCUCCAAGAUUUGAUAGAAGAUUUGCGAAAGGAUGUUGUGCACCGUGGUGUCCGACCGCUACCUCGACAACUUGAAGGCGUUGCUAAGGAUGUUACAAAUCUUUCCAAGGAGCUGAAGGCAAUGGAAGACUACAUGCACAAGGAGAAGCCAAUCUGGACCAAGAUUUGGGAGAAGGAGCUUGAAGACGUCUGCCAAGGUCGUGAUGAGCUGCGCAUUAUGGAGGAGCUGCUUAUCGAUCUGCGCGACGACUUGGAGAAGGCAUCAGAGACCUUUACGCUCGUUGAGCAGGCUACAAAGGAGCAGAUGAAGGACAGUGGAACGGGUCACAGUGCUAGUACUGCCCGUACUUUUUCCAAAGGCUUGAACAACCUUGGCAACAGUCUCAACCAGAACGCUGCCAAGGAGGAUAUGCUGGGCGAAGUUCGAGCUCUACAACCUAAUCACCAGGACCGUCUAGAGGCAAUCGAGCGCGCCGAGAAACUCCGACAGAAGGAGUUGAAGAACCGUAACGACAAUGCACUUCAUCGCGAGAUUCACGCCUUUGUUGCUGAAGGCAAGCUGAAGAAGUCUGGAGGUUUCGAAGAAGUUGAGCGCGCCCGAAUUGCCAAAGACGAGAAGAUUCGACGUGAGGUUUGGGAGCGGAUGAACGGCUAUGUUGCUGGGGACGACGAAGAGGAAGAAGAAGAAGAGGAGGAGGAGGAAGAGGAGGAGGGCGAAGAGGAAGGAGAAGAGGUUGCAGAGGAGGAAACCAACGAGGGCGGCAAUGGAAGCCAACCUGGUUCGCCCAAGAAGACGGAUGCCGCCACGGCAGCCAACGAAUCGUAA